AUGGAUGAAUACCGUGGAUACACCGGUUUCUCUCCUAGUUCUACUGGGCGUGCUUUGACUUUUCUGCGCGAGAUUUCAAGGCCUAUUCUAGGCUGUCAUGGAUGUGCCGCAGACUCCAAGAACCCGCUAUGUGGUCCCGAGAUUGUCUCGUCUUUGAUCCAGCCAAACAAUACUGGAUCGUUGUUUCAGAAGGGAAGAAAGAGGGUGAGCUUUUUAUAUAAGCUUGUGGCGGGAGCGGUUCUCGCGGUGCACGCAGUCCAGUCCAAUCCGCCAGACAAGGAGCGGGAACGUAUGCCCUGUACAAUGCGAACGUAUGCUGAGGCUAGUCGGCGUUUCUGCAAUUUCGCAAGUGAGGAGAUCCACGGCAAACGCGCUGGUAUAGUUGGCUUUGAGAGUGGGCCGACUAGCCCGUUGUUUGGUCCGUGA